GUGUUUAUUCCCCUUUCCCGGGGGCUGAGUCACGGCCCGAGGCGCCGGGGGUCACCCCGGGGUGGGGGGGGAGCCGUGAGGCGGCGCCCCCGGCCCCGCGCCCGCUCCCCGCCCCUGCCCGCCCUCACGUGACGCCGCCGGUUGCAAUUUUAGACCGUCAGCUGACUCGAGAAAUCCGUGGAGAGCGGCCGCUCUGCCUACAAAAACAGCGACGGGAAGCGGGAGCGGCGUCGCGGCCUCUUCAGCGUCGGGACCUUCAGCCUCCGACCCCUCGCCACCGCCGCCAGCAGCGCCAUCGCCGCCAUGGGGCUCCGCGGCCUCCUCCUGCUGCUCGCCCUGGCCGGGUCCUGCGCCUCCCUCAUCAGGAUCCCCUUGACCAAGUUCCCUUCCAUGCGGCGGAUCCUGAGAGAGGCAGGCAGUGAGAUCCCAGAUACGAAUUCCAUCACGGAGGCCAUCAAGUACAAGCUGGGCUUUGCCGAAGAGGGCAAGCCCACUCCAGAAAUUCUGAAGAACUACAUGGAUGCCCAGUAUUACGGUGUGAUUGGUAUUGGAACACCUCCCCAGAAUUUCACCGUGAUCUUUGACACUGGCUCCUCCAACCUCUGGGUGCCAUCCGUGCACUGUUCCAUGUUGGACAUUGCCUGCAUGGUGCACCACAAGUACGACUCUGCUAAAUCCAGCACCUAUGUGAAGAACGGCACCAAGUUUGCCAUCCACUAUGGGACAGGGAGCCUUUCUGGAUUCCUCAGCCAAGAUGUAGUCACGCUUGGUGACUUGAAAAUCCAGCAUCAAAUCUUUGGGGAGGCCACGAAGCAGCCAGGCAUGACAUUCAUCGCUGCCAAGUUUGAUGGCAUCCUGGGCCUGGCAUUCCCAAAGAUCUCUGUGGAGGGCGCCGAGCCUUUCUUCGAUAACGUCAUGAAACAGAAGCUGGUCGAGAAAAAUAUGUUCUCUUUCUACCUAAACAGAGAUCCCUCUGGUGUCCCUGGCGGUGAGAUGGUCCUGGGAGGGACUGACCCCAAGUAUUACAAGGGCGAGUUCAGCUGGUUCAACGUCACACGCAAGGCCUACUGGCAGAUCCACAUGGAUUCGGUGGAUGUUGCCAACGGGCUGACCGUGUGUGAGGGGGGCUGUGAGGCCAUUGUAGACACGGGAACCUCACUCAUCACUGGCCCCACCAAAGAAGUGAAGAAGAUACAGGAGGCCAUUGGUGCAAAACCACUCAUAAAAGGCGAGUACAUUAUCCCCUGUGAAAAAGUGCCAACGCUGCCUAACGUCACAAUGACAAUAGGAGACAAGGCCUUCGUCCUCACAGGACAGCAGUAUGUCCUCAAGAUUUCUUCAUCAGGAGAGACUAUAUGCAUGAGUGGCUUUUCAGGCCUGGACAUCCCACCCCCUGGAGGCCCACUCUGGAUCCUGGGAGAUGUCUUUAUUGGACCCUACUACUCCGCCUUUGACCGUGAUAACAACCGUGUUGGCUUUGCAACAAGUGCCUAAACACCUGACCCCCACUGCCUCUGUCACACACACACUUAAACACACACACAUGGGAGCUGUAGAGAAAGGUUACCAGUAUUAGAAACCCAGUGAGUGGAAAGGAGAGAAAAAAAAAAAAAAAAAAGAGAAAGAAAUGGAACUAGAUUUAAAAUUACAUGGAAAAUAGUCAUAGUGCCCUGCUAGCUACUUUCUCCACUCUGCUGAGUAAGUGGUGCUGGGAGGUCUCUAGCUGACAACUCCAGCUGGAGUAGUCCCUUGCUUUACUGCUAGGUCUUCCAGUAGUUCUUUUUGAGAAUGAUUCUCAGAGCUGAACAAGGCCCUCUCACAUCUCCCAGUGCUGGUGUCCUUCCUGCAGGUGGGGGAGGGCACCUGGCUGAAACCAGCCCCUGGCACAUCUGUUCAUGCAGAGAGGCUGUGCUACUGCUCUUGUGUUUGGUUUUCUGUGCUGGGGGAGAAGGACAAGGGAAGGCUGUCUUGCACAUUAGUUCUUAUUGCUUUUUCACUCAUGAAGUGGGGGAGUGGAUGGCCUGAGAGAAUGUGUCAUUAUGACCCCUCCUUGGCAGGUUGAGGCAGUGACCAGUAGGUCAUUUUGCAAGAAGUUUGUGCUGGCUUGGUCCUAGGAGAGCAUGUGCUGGGGAAGCACAGUAGUGUGCCCAAGGGAUGAGUUUCAGAGCCUGAGGGCUGUGAUGGUGUCUUGUUUAGUGUUGGCACUAGUGGGAGAGCUGGGAGGCAUGAUAUCCACAUGCCUGACAUAGUGGGACAGGGGUUUGGGGGGGGCUCUAGCCAGUCCAGGGGGACUUUUCAGUCAGUAUGAAUAUUAAGGGGUCAAGAUAGGUUAUAAUAGAGGUUGCUUGAAUUCAGGGCCAUGAAGGUCCAGCCUUCUGCUGAGCAAAGUCAUGUGGCACAAGUUCUCUCUCGAGUUUAGUGACCUUCUCCCAGGUUCCCCAAACAGCAAAUCUUCCCGGCUUCAACCACAGCCAGUGAGUUGAGAAUAAUGUUUCCUGAAGCAACUAAGUGAUCUGCAAGCUGAAACCAUACUGGUAAAAUCCAUGUUUGUCAGACUCAUAAGAGCUUUUGGAAACAUGAUUCACAGCAUUCUGAACUGCCCAAAACUCAAGAGACAGUUGGCAGAGCCAGCAAACCUCCUGGGCAUGAGGAUACCAUGGCAGUUGCUGGACUUGGAUUCACUUUCCCUGCUGCCCUCUCCCAAAAUCCAACACCUUUAACACCCUGUGUACCUGCUUUCCACUGUUCUAACACUGGUGAGCUCUGUUCAUGUCCAGCUGUGUUGCAGAGAGAGUGAGGCACAAUCCUGCUUCGAAUUUAGCUGAUUUAGCUGUGCACGCAGAUCCUCCCAGUGAGCCAGGAUCUGCACAUGUGGAGCCAUUUGCUGGGCUGGCACUGGUAGGCAAACACUGGUGGAGCUGGGAGGAUGAUAAAAUGAGUUUUAAUCAGUACUGGAGAGCAGGAGAGAGCCUGCCAAGAAUCCCAGCCCCUGUGCUGGGAGUAAAAGACUUCAUUUUCCCAGUGUGCUGGAUCAGGUCCUGAAGUUAGGGGAGUGGCAAAAGGAUAAGAUUAGUGGCGGCCAUGACCCCAGACCAGGCUAAGCAGAUGGCAAGAUCCUGGCUACCCAAAAUUCACUGAUAAUCCUGCCAGCAGUAGUAGUGGGGCCAAGAAAUUUUUUGAGGAAGGUCUUCGGGCAGUGAGUGAAUAGACGGUUUUGCCCAGUGAAGUAAGUUUGGCAUUAUAACCAUUCACCUUGGAGGGAUCUGGCAUUGACAGUGGGGACAGGUGUAGGCACACAUGGGACACAUAUAUUAUCCUCUACAACCCCAGAUGUGACAAAUGCUGCUCCACAAAGCUUGCUUCUGCCUCCUCGUAAUCUUCACCUGGAACUCCACAUCUGGACACCAAAGGACAACUCUUUUAGACUGGCGAGAGAACAGUAGCAUGUUACCAAAAAGAAAAAAAAUCUUCAGUAGCUGCUCCAAAAUUAGCUAAUAUUCAGCACCUCUCCAGAGAUCUUCAGUUUCAUACCAGUUAAGUGCCCAGGGCUCCUUCAAGUUCUGCUACAUCGUUUCCCAGCCGCAAGAUUUCUUCAGCACGGGGAGACAGAUUUGGCCCCUUGGGUACCUGCUGAACAGGCCUGAUGUGAGGGGGAAGCUUGGCAUUGACCUGGCAGUGGCUUUUGAACAUCUUCAGCAUCAGAUUUCAGUGGGAUGUGCAGCACAGCCCCAGGCAGAGUGCUUGGGCCAUGGCUGUGCUGGUCCCGGCACAGAAACUCCAGGUGGGCUGAUACCUGCCAGCAGGCAGGAGGCAGCUGCCUGGGGAAAGCGUGGCCCAGAGCGAUGCCCUGAGUGACACACUGUAGGAUAGGCUGGAGGACCAGUUCACUGCAGUCUUCCCUGAAUGGGUGUCCUCCCCUUGUUGUUUUAUUUGCAUUUUUAAACCCAUCUCUAAUCAUGUGACUGGUUUUAAAAAAUUAUUUUGCUGUCAGAAUUAAUUGUCUCUUCAUAGAAAAUUGAAAAGAAAAUACAGUAUUUUCCCCUUUAA